AGGAAGCAAGAUUACUCUCAGCAAAUGCGUCAGAUUUGUGAUUUUACUUUCGUGGCUUUUAAGUGUUGUUCGCUUUAAUGUGGAAUCAAUCCGUAUGUGGUAUUAAGCCUUUGCGUGCCUCGUGGAGCAGCCAUUUUUGCAUUUAAAUACAUGCACGAAUAGAAAAUUAAGAAGUCCAAAACUUGAGGAAAUGACCUCUUCUUACAGAUUUUCAGUGUGUUGGUUUAUUUUGCUAACCCUGUGCACUAUCGGAGAAUCCAAGCAGAGAAACGUACUACUUAUCAUUGCGGACGAUGCGGGCUUCGAGACCGAGGUCUACAACAACACGGCGAUCCGCACGCCGCACCUGCACGCGCUGGCCCGACGCAGCGUGGUCUUCCGGAACGCGUUCACCUCCGUCAGCAGCUGCUCGCCCAGCCGCUCCACCAUCCUGACGGGUCUGCCGCAGCACCAGAACGGCAUGUAUGGCCUGCAUCAGGACACUCACCACUUCAACUCAUUCGAUGGGGUGCAGAGCCUGCCCCUCCUGCUGGGACAGGCCGGAAUCCGCACGGGCAUCAUUGGUAAGAAGCACGUAGGCCCCGGUGCGGUGUACCCCUUCGACUUCGCCUACACCGAGGAGAACAACUCCGUGCUGCAGGUAGGCCGGAACAUCACCCGCAUUAAGCUGCUGGUCAGGAAGUUCCUGCGGGAGCAGCAGGAAGCGGAUCGGCCCUUCUUCCUGUACGUGGCCUUCCACGACCCGCAUCGCUGCGGCCACUCCCAGCCCCAGUACGGGCCCUUCUGCGAGAAGUUCGGCAACGGGGACAGCGGCAUGGGACGCAUCCCGGACUGGACCCCCCAGCACUACACCCCGGAGCAGGUCAAGGUGCCGUACUUCAUCCCAGACACCCCUGCGGCUCGGGCUGACCUGGCUGCUCAGUACACCACCGUCAGCAGGCUGGACCAAGGCAUCGGGCUGGUUCUGGAGGAGCUGCGGGAGGCGGGGUUUGAGAACGACACCCUGGUGAUGUACAGCUCGGAUAACGGCAUCCCCUUCCCCAACGGCAGGACCAACCUGUACUGGUCCGGCACGGCCGAGCCCCUGCUGGUCUCCUCCCCCGAGCACCGGCAACGGUGGGGUCAGGAGAGCCAGGCCUACGUCAGCCUGCUGGAUAUCACACCCACGGUGCUGGACUGGUUCUCCCUGCCCUACCCGUCCUACAGCAUCAUGGGGGGCGCCCCGGUGCGUCUGACGGGCAGGUCCCUCCUGCCGGCGCUGGCGUCCGAGCAGCCGUGGGACACCGUGUUCGGCAGCCAGAGCCUGCACGAGGUCACCAUGUACUACCCCAUGCGCGCGGUGCACCAGGGCCCCUACCGCCUGCUGCACAACCUCAACUUUAAGAUGCCCUUCCCCAUCGACCAGGACUUCUACGUCUCGCCCACCUUCCAGGACCUGCUGAACCGCACGCAGGCCGGGCGGCCCACCGGCUGGUUCAAGACCCUGCGGGAGUACUACUACCGGCAGCGCUGGGAGCUCUACGACGUCUGCGCCGACCCGGCCGAGACCCGGAACCUGGCCUCCGACCCGGCCCUCCGCCCGGUCCUGGAGAGCCUCCGGGCCCAGCUCCUCAAGUGGCAGUGGGCGACCUCCGACCCCUGGGUGUGCGGCCCGGACGCGGUCCUGGAGGCCAAACUCACCCCGCAGUGCAGGCCGCUGUUCAACGGACUCUGACCGCCAGAGAUUUCUGGGGGGGGGGGGGUUUGGGGAGGGGGAGGCCCCCGUUUUAAGUGGCUCUGGCUGGAUCGCGGGGCGAAACCCGUCUGUGUAUUUUUUAUGUGGCCCGUAGCGGGAGUUUACAGUUAAAGCUGUGACCGUUAGGUUAAAGGUGUACUGGCCAAAGCUGCCAUGGUAACCAACGUGGACCAAUGAGACGGCAGUUUUGGACCUACCUGGUGGGUCUGAAUCUGCUGGAAAAUUGUUGGUGUCGUGAAAAAUAAUUCUUAAGAACAGAAAAAAACUUGCACUUUUCCGCAUUUACACAACAUAGAGGUAUAGUCCAGUGUGCUUUUGGUUCAUCAUUGUUCGCAGUUAUAAGGCAUUUAGCCUCCACGCUAAAAUGAACUGGAUGGGAACUUUAAAAGUGUGUUUUAACACCCCAUGUGUGACCACAGGACAAUGUGCAUGUCAAAUAUAUAUGCACUUUUUGGAGCACUGUAUUAGUAAAAACAACGUGAUCACAAGCCAUUUUAAAUUUGUCUAAAUAAAAUGUUAUAUUUCAGA